CCAAAAUCAAACCCAUCAUUCAUCUAUAUGUCUCAACCUAACCCUAACCCAGAACUUCAAUUUAACCCUAGCUAGAAAUACUCUCUCUCUCUUUCACUCUUUCUCUCUCUUCAAAUUCUCCACUUCUCCGUCACCUCUUCAGCUUGGCAGCCUGGCUGGCUACUUCAAUUAUAUAUGAAACCAGAGAAUCAACUAGAUCAGAUCAGGCUCGUAUGACAUAUAAUUAAGCUCAUCUUCUUCUUUCUAUCUCUCUUUUACAUCUAUCUAAUUCAUGGAUCCUAUGUCUGCAUCGGCCCACGGCCACUCCCUCCCACCUCCGUUCCGCACCCGUGAUUUCUCUCUCCAACCUCAUCAAUUUCAUCACCAAAUGGACGACGAGCAGAGCGCAACCACCGUCGGGCUCAAACGCGAUCAUCCCGAUUCCAACGAACUCUCCGCAGACGGAGGCAGCGGCAGUGGAGGAGGAGGAGGAGAUGGCAGCGGAGAGAUGAUUCUACGCAGGCCAAGAGGCCGUCCUGCAGGUUCCAAGAACAAGGAGAAACCUCCCAUUAUAAUAACCCGAGACAGCGCCAACGCGCUCCGAACCCAUGUCAUGGAAGUCGCAGACGGUUGCGAUGUGGUAGAGAGCGUCAACACCUUCGCUCGUAGACGUCAACGCGGCGUCUGCGUCUUGAGCGGUACUGGAAUCGUAACGAACGUAACCCUCCGUCAGCCUUCUUCCGCCGGAGCUGUGGUUUCGCUUCACGGACGUUUCGAGAUUUUAUCUCUGGCUGGAUCUUUUCUCCCGCCGCCGGCUCCGCCUGCAGCAACCGGGUUAACUAUAUAUUUGUCAGGUGGACAGGGACAGGUGGUGGGUGGGAGUGUUGUCGGGUCUUUAAUUGCAGCAGGUCCGGUUGUCAUCAUGGCUGCGUCAUUCAGUAAUGCCGCUUAUGAGAGGUUACCCUUGGAGGAUGAGGAUGCUGGCGGAGGAGGAGGAGGCGGUGGUAUUCAGAUGACAGAGGAUGGUGGACAACAACAAUCUUUGAUGGGAUCGGGUGUGGCGGAUCCAACAAUGUUUCAUGGAUUGGAGUCGGCAGCAGCAGUACCAGGUCAUAUGCUAAAUUCGAUUCAAAUGCCUUCAACAGAAGCGUAUUGGAAUGGCGGUAGGCCACAGUUCUGAAAGUUUAUUAUCAGUUGUUGAUUGAUCAUUUGUUAGGGUUCUAGCUAGUUGAUUAAUUAUUAGAUUAAUAAUAGCUUGAAGUAAUUAAGACUUUGUUUGGUGUUUGAGGAAUUAAUAUCAUGAUACUACAUAUGCGGUUCCUCAAUUGCAUACCUAGUUGUGAUAGUUAAUUAGUCUCUUAACAAUUAUGGUUUUCUUUUUCUUCUUUUGAUUAACUUUUAUACUCAUGUCUUAAUUAUGAUGUUUUUUUUCUUUCUUUCUUUCUUUCAAGUUUGGAGCUUUAUUUU